GUGGGGUACCAUUGCCUUCUCCACAGAUCUGGUAUAGAUCAUGAGAUACUGGUCUUUGAGGCUGAUUCUGUAAUUGGAUGAAUGUCUGGUAGUUUUGGAAGACUUUGGCAAUUUGAAGCUAGGUUGUGAAUUGUGGUAGAUUGUUGCGAAAAUGGGUCUGGACAACUUCUCUCAUCCAUGUGCAUGCACACCAUUCCCACUGUCAAGUAGUAGAGUCUGUUUUUCUCCCCAUAAGUCUUUGGUUGGUCCUGUGACUUGAUAUGAUCAGUAGAAUGUAUGUAGAGUGACAUUUAGUAAAUUCCCAAUGUACCUGGUAAAGAGUCCUUGCAGCGUCAGUUUUCUUGUUAGAAGCCAACUGCCCUGUAAAGAAGCCCAAGAUAGGCUGCUGAAUAAUGAGAGACCAUAUGAAGAGAAAGUGGCCAGGGGAAGAACUAUCUCAAGUCAGUAACUAAUAUCAAAACUGUAGGAAUGUGGUGAGGCUAUCAUGCACUCUCUGAUUUGAGUUGAAUAACCCUCGCUGACACCAGGUGGAGAUGAGAAGAGUACCCUCUAUACCUCCCCCACAGAAACUGAGCACUCUUCAGAUUCCUGACUCAAAGACUUUCAGGAAAUAAGAUGAUUAGUAUUUUAAGAUGUUAAGUUUUAGUUUUCUUAUAUAAAAAUAGUUAAUGAGACUAUCCCCUAUUUGAAUAAUAAUGGGUUAUAGAAAGAUAAAGGAAGAAGUCAUGAAAUAAUUAAAGAAACUUUUGUUUAACAUGAAGAUAAUAAGCUUUUAACCAUAAGGGCCAUUCAUUAAAUGUCCAGUAUAAUGGAUGAAAGUAGAGUGACAUCAAAAUUUGUUGGGAAAUUUAUGAGUAAUACAGAUGAUGAGAGGCUCUAAAAAUAGAAAAGAACAGUUUAUAUACAAAUGACCAAGAAUCAGAAUUGAUUCUGAAUCAAUAAAAAAAAAAUCAACUUUUGCAGAAUUACCAGAAGCCACAAGAAAAUUGAACAGUGUCUUCAAAAUUCUGGAGAAAGAACGGAAAGAUGCUGAAGGAUGGGAAACUGUUCAGAGAGGAAGGCCUGUUCGUUCACGAUCAACAGCAGUGAUGCCAAAAGCUUCAUUACCAACAGAAGCAUUAAGAUCAAAGGAUGACAGUGAUAAAGAAAAUGUACAUCUUUUGCCUGACGAAAGUGUACAGAAAAGUGAAUUUGUUGGAGAUGAACCUUCUAAUACUAUAGAAUCUGGGCCCAAGGACCCAGUACACUCAUGUGAUCAUCCUCUUGCUGAAAGAACCCAGUUCACAGUGAGUACACUGGAAGAUGUCAAGAACUCUGGGAGUAGUUUCUUACCAGACAAUUCUGUUCCAACUUCUGAAAUACCUGCUGUUCACAUUGAUACAGAGUGUGUUUCAGUUAUUCAGCAAGCUGACACACCUCCUUUGCAAGCAAGUGAAGACAGAUUUUCAGCAGAAAAAGCAAGAAUAGAAAGUGAAAUGGAUCCUUCAGAUAUUUCAAAUGUGAGUGCUGCUCACUUGUCUAUGGCAGAAGUUCUUGCUAAAAAAGAAGAGCUAGCAGAUCGUCUAGAAAAGGCCAAUGAAGAAGCCAUUGCCAGUGCUAUUGCUGAAGAGGAACAGUUAACUAGAGAAAUUGAAGCUGAAGAAAACAACGAUUUCAACAUUGAAACUGACAAUGACAGUGAUUUUUCUACCAGCAUGGGCAGUGGCAGUGUAUCUUUCUGUGGUAUGAACUGGAAUGAUGUCCUUGCAGAUUAUGAAGCUCGUGAAUCUUGGCGCCAAAAUACAUCCUGGGGGGAUAUUGUAGAGGAAGAACCUGCUAGGCCUCCAGGACAUGGAAUUCAUAUGCAUGAAAAACUUUCCUCACCAUCUCGUAAAAGAACAAUUGCAGAAUCUAAGAAGAAACAUGAAGAAAAACAAAUGAAAGCACAGCAGCUAAGGGAAAAGUUACGUGAACAGAAAACAUUAAAGCUUCAGAAAUUGUUAGAAAGGGAGAAAGAAGUCCGGAAGUGGAAAGAAGGGUUAUUAGACCAACGACGUAGGAUGAUGGAAGAGAAAUUACUUCAUGCUGAAUUCAAACGAGAGGUGCAGUUACAAGCAAUUGUUAAAAAAGCACAAGAAGAAGAAGCUAAGGUAAACGAAAUUGCCUUUAUAAAUACCCUCGAAGCCCAGAACAAACGCCAUGAUGUUUUAUCAAAAUUGAAGGAAUAUGAGCAGAGGCUUAAUGAGUUACAGGAAGAGCGUCAGAGAAGACAGGAAGAAAAGCAAGCACGUGAUGAAGCUGUUCAGGAACGUAAGCGAGCUCUAGAAGCAGAACGGCAGGCCCGUGUAGAAGAAUUGUUAAUGAAGAGGAAAGAACAAGAAGCCCGAAUUGAACAACAGAGGCAAGAAAAGGAAAAAGCCCGUGAAGAUGCAGCCCGGGAAAGAGCUAGAGACAGGGAAGAACGAUUGGCAGCACUCACAGCUGCUCAACAGGAAGCUAUGGAAGAGCUACAGAAAAAAAUCCAGCUCAAGCAUGAUGAAAGCAUUAGAAGACACAUGGAACAGAUUGAACAAAGAAAAGAAAAAGCUGCUGAGUUAAGCAGUGGACGGCAUGCAAAUACCGAUUAUGCCCCCAAAUUAACCCCUUAUGAAAGAAAGAAGCAGUGUUCUCUCUGCAAUGUCUUGAUCUCUUCAGAGGUGUAUCUUUUUAGUCACAUUAAAGGAAAAAAACACCAGCAAGCUGUGAGAGAAAAUAGCAGCAUCCAAGGGCGUGAACUUUCAGAUGAAGAAGUGGAACACCUUUCCUUAAAGAAAUAUGUUAUUGACAUUGUGGUUGAAAGUACAGCUCCACCAGAGCCUUUGAAAGAUGGAGAAGAGCGGCAGAAAAAUAAGAAGAAAGCCAAAAAGAUAAAAGCGCGGAUGAACUUCAGGGCCAAGGAAUAUGAGAGUUUAUUGGAAGCAAAAAAUUCUGGUUCAGACUCACCCUAUAAAGCAAAGCUUCAGCGGUUAGCCAAAGAUCUUCUAAAACAACUACAAGUACAAGACAGCGGCUCAUGGGCAAGCAAUAAGGUUUCUGCUUUAGAUCGGACCCUUGGUGAGGUCGCUAGAAUAUUGGAAAAAGAGAAUGUAGCAGAUCAGAUUGCAUUUCAAGCCGCUGGUGGAUUAACAGCCCUUGAACACAUUCUUCAAGUAGUGGUCCCAGUCACAAAUGUGAACACUGUUUCACGAAUUCCUCCUAAGUCUCUUUGCAAUGCAAUCAAUGUUUACAACCUCACCUGCAAUAACUGUUCAGAAAACUGCACUGAUGUUCUGUUUAGUAACAAGAUUACCUUCUUAAUGGACCUCCUCAUACACCAGUUGACGGUUUAUGUUCCAGAUGAAAAUAAUGCUAUUUUGGGAAGAAAUACAAAUAAGCAAGUUUUCGAAGGCUUGACAACUGGACUUCUCAAAGUCAGUGCUGCGGUUUUUGGCUGCCUGAUUGCCAAUCGACCAGAUGGAAACAACCAGCCAACUACACCAAAAAUAUCAACACAGGAAAUGAAAAGCAAACCCUCACAAGGUGAUGCUUUUAACAGUCGAGUUCAGGACCUCAUCAGCUACGUGGUGAACAUCGGUCUGAUCGACAAGCUUUGUGGCUGCUUCCUCUCGGUGCAAGGCCCGGUGGAUGAGAAUCCCAAGAUGGCGACGUUUCUGCAGCAUGCUGCAGGACUCUUACAGGGAAUGUGCACGCUUUGCUUUGCUGUCACCGGAAGGUCUUACAGCAUAUUUGAUGAUAAUCGCCAGGAUCCCACAGGGCUGACAGCUGCUCUUCAGGCCACAGACCUGGCUGGAGUUCUGCACAUGCUCUAUUGCGUCCUCUUCCACGGCACGAUCUCGGACCCCAGCACUGCCAGUCCCAAGGAGAGUUACGCUCAGAACACAGUCCAAGUGGCCAUCCAGAGUUUGCGUUUCUUCAACAGCUUUGCAGCUCUUGAUCUGCCUGCUUUCCAGUCUAUCGUAGGGGCAGAGGGCUUGUCCCUUGCGUUCCGGCACAUCGCCAGCUCCCUGCUGGGCCACUGCAGCCACGUCUCCUGUGAAAGCCUCCUUCAUGAGGUCAUCGUCUGUGUGGGCUACUUCACUGUCAACCACCCAGAUAACCAGGUCAUCGUGCAGUCCGGCCGCCACCCCACAGUUCUGCAGAAGCUCUGCCAGCUGCCCUUCCAGUAUUUCAGUGACCCACGGCUGAUCAAAGUGCUCUUCCCGUCACUUAUCGCUGCUUGUUACAACAACCUUCAGAACAAGAUCAUUCUGGAGCAAGAGAUGAGCUGUGUUCUACUGGCCACGUUUAUUCAGGAUUUUGCACAGACUUCAGGUCAGGCAGAUAACCAGUCUUAUCAGCCCAAAGGAAAAUGCCUUGGUUCCCAAGACUAUCUUGAACUGGCUAACAGAUUUCCUCAGCAGGCCUGGGAAGAAGCUCGACAGUUUUUCUUAAAAAGAGAGAAAAAAUAAAGGUUUUGGUUGGUUGUGUGUUUAAGUACCCUCAUUAAUAUUUUAAAUUGUUCAAAACACUGUAACUACUCCUUAAGAAGUUCAUUUUCACAUGUUUAUACUCUGUAGAUAUGGUAUAUACUUUACACUAUUUAUAAAGACUGUAGAUACUUUAAUGUUCUUUCUAAUUCUGUGAGUUUAUUUCAUUUAUGCACAAUAGUUUGGAGUUUGGUAACUUACAUCCUAUGAUAAUAUAUACUUUGCAUUUGUAAUAUGGGUGAAAUUAGACAAAAAGUUAGCAAGUCUGUUUUGUUCUUGUAAUAAAAUAACUUAUUCUA